CGUGGCCAUCUUGAACCUCUCGCUAGCAACGGUCAUAGAAAAGCAGAAAAGGGGAGUUAAAUAUACCAGCCUAACCUGACCGAAAUAGGGAUAUGUCCGCUAGAGUUAAGGAUAUAUGAACAAUAACACAGUGGAACGACCAGGGGACAGUAAAGGAGACAGUACAACAGCCAUCUGUGCCUCGGAUAACCGGACCUUCAAGCCGGAGUAGGAAGGAAGAGUCGAGUCACCGACAGACAAAACAUAUCCAGAGUGAAACCAUGAAUCCCGAAUAUGACUAUCUGUUCAAGCUGCUGCUCAUUGGAGACUCUGGAGUAGGAAAGUCCUGUCUUCUGCUGCGUUUUGCAGACGACACCUACACAGAGAGCUACAUCAGUACCAUUGGAGUAGACUUCAAGAUACGCACCAUUGAGCUGGAUGGCAAGACCAUCAAACUGCAGAUUUGGGACACUGCAGGGCAGGAGAGGUUUCGUACCAUCACCUCCAGUUAUUACCGUGGAGCCCAUGGCAUCAUAGUUGUGUAUGAUGUGACCGAUCAGGAGUCCUAUAACAAUGUGAAGCAGUGGCUUCAGGAAAUUGACCGCUAUGCCAGUGAAAAUGUCAACAAGCUUCUGGUGGGCAACAAGUGUGAUUUGACCACCAAGAAAGUAGUGGACUACACAACAGCCAAGGAGUUUGCUGACUCUUUGGCUAUCCCCUUCCUGGAGACAAGUGCUAAGAACGCUACCAAUGUAGAGCAAGCUUUCAUGACCAUGGCUGCAGAGAUCAAGAAACGCAUGGGCCCCGGGGCCACAGCUAGCGGUGACAAGCCCAACUUGAAAAUUGAGAGCACCCCUGUCAGGCAGUCUGGAGGCGGCUGCUGUUAAAGGACCCCUCGUCUCCACCACACCAACCAUCCCCCCCAGCAUCUCCACACUGACAUUUCCCUUUCUUCUCCUUCUGUGUUCCCUCCCAUCAUCUCUGCCACUCCCACUCCCCACCAUUCCACCAUGACAUCCUAUGAUCCACACCCAGCUCUCUGACCCCCCCUCUGUCAGCUUGCCAGGAGAUACACGAUGGCUAGGCAAACAGAGGAGUAAACUGCAGGAGAGAUUGGAGAAUAGAUUGGAACUUUGUGAGGGUUAAUUCAGGCUUGUACACUCACCAGAUACAGAGAAGAAAGCAACCAGUGUGUGAGGGGGGAACAAAAACACACACCAAAACAACUUAUACUUUUUGCCAAGAGGCUAGAAAGAAAACAGGUAUGGGGGAAGAUUGGUAUUGAUUUAGAGUGGCCUGGCCAUGACUUACCUGCACAAACACACACACACACAGGUGCAAAGUGUUUGAGUUGGGCAGUGUAUAUGCUCUGCAUGCAGUAGGAAGUGUGCCUCAAUAGCAGCAGCCUUCAAACAGUGACUCAUCAUUUCCAUUCAUUGAGGAGGAGCCAGGGAGAGCCUGCUCGUUGAGCCCCCUCUCCCUCCAUUUGUCCUCUUCCACAUUUUCAAUUCUUACUUUCCUAAGGUGUGUUCAGAUAGAAAGUGAAGCAAAUUUUUGCCUCAUCUGUUUUAAUUUGAUCACUGGAACACUGGACCAUAUUGACUGGCUCCAAGCAGCCAGUGUAUCAGCUUUACAGACAUUAGCUGUAAGCUAGCUCAAAAUGGACACACUGAAUGUGUGUAUGGGAAUGUGCCUCUUUGUGUUGAGUUCACACUGACUGAUUUUUGAAGUCAAUAGGAACUCUGGUUCUUUGUGUUAUUUCCCUCCAGUUUCUCAGCUUUUUCCUCUGGCCUGUGUGUCUGAAGCAGAGCUCAAACUCCAGCUCAAACUGAAACAUCAGCAUAGAUAAGCCUUCUACUCAGUUUGUAGCACCCCUGGCAGGCUCUCAUUUAACUGCACUUACUCAUUUUUCUAUUGACCUUUUAUGCAAUUACAUUGUCUAUAAAAUUAGCAUCAUGUUCUGUCUGAACACACUUUGAAGUUCUCAUUAUGCUUCAAACCAACCAGGUCUCUCCUCAAUGGGCUUCAUGGUGUUGUACUUGAUUGUGCCCAUGUAAAGUCAGAAGUAGUGGUGUGAAGACUGAGAAAAGUCUUCACACCACUACGACCUGUUGCCUACACCAAAGUACAUGACUGUGGGAUUAAAGUUACAAAAAUUGUCCAACGGGCCUCCCAGACUUCGUGUCUGAAAAGGGGGAUUCAGACUGUAGUACAAGCUUUUUGAAGCAGUACUGAGGCCUUUAGUGCCUUGACACAAAAGAAAGUGGGAGAGUGACAUUAAUUUCUGCAUCCACGCAAAACCCAAGUCUGAACCAAUAAUGAGAUCACAUACUGGAGGAAGAUCUACAUGCAGACGGAUUGUAGGUAGUUUGACAUAAGCAUUAAGCAUGGAAUUCCUUAACCAAACUCCCCUCCGCUACAGUUGACGUAGUAGAGGAGCAUGGAGACUCAGCUAAUUCCACAUGUAAACAUUGGGGCUGGGAUGGAGGUGCUGGAUGUGCGAAGUGUAAUAUAUAGUGUUAGUUUUUCUUUUUAGUCUUCAGUCUUUAAAGGAAUAAUGUCACGUUACAGAAAGAACUAUGACAGAGUGCUGUGACAUUUAGCACAGUGACCUCCUUGAAUGACACUAAAUAUUACAGUUAGAGGGCAGAUGGCUUGAGACACAGAUGACCAGGCAUGAUAAAAGUGGUGUAGGGGCCUCUGAGUAAAAGAGAAGCAAUUGGCAAUAUCCUGCAUUGAUCGUAUAAGUAGUGUUUUAUUAUUGUUGUAGUUUUAUUGUUUAUUUUUCCAUUGAUACAUCUGAUGGAGACAACUUGUACAGAUUGCUUAAAGUCUCAUUCAGUACAUGACAGAGUAUGUUCUAGGAUGUUGUUUCAUUCAUGCUUGUUUGCAGAUGAAGCUGGGGUGGAGAUGUGGUGUGGGUGUGUCUGUUGGCUAAGGGGGUGGGGCUUACAAAUGCUGCUGUUCCUUCCCUGAGAUGUUUGACAAACAUAGUUGUCUCCCACUCGUGGCCACACUUGUCUUUUAUGUCCCUGAGCAUUUCUGGUUCUUUUUCAGACACUCUAGUGCUCCAGUUUGUGCCUCUCAUGUAGUUCUUUUAACAUUUGAGCCUCUUACACUGAUUAUUAAGGCCUCAGUAUACUUCAAAUGAACUAGGUCAUACAGAAUGUCAUAUGACAGCAUCUACAGGCAAAGACUUUUACACCUGUUCCGAAUGGCCACACUUGAAGGUGAGGCAUAAAGCAAUCUUAAAGAGGGGCGAGAUAAAGCUUACACAUGGCCAGAGCAGUGUGAACAUUUUAUGUGAGUGAAGUAGUUGAUUGGAGGGAAGUUCAAACCUACCUGCUUUCACAGCUUCACACAUCUGACCAAUCCCUGUGUGAGGUUACAGAAUUUGACAGAUGCAUCCUGUCUUGAUUCUUGUGAUGUAAAGGAGGAUUCAGAUGCUGUUAAAUGACUCAACAAGCUCUUUGUUUGAAGCAUACUGAUGCCUUUAAACUCAGGACUUUACUGUUUUUACUCUAUUGUUUGAAGAAAUAUCCAUAGAGACAUGGACACUGGAAGACUUUCCUUGUCCUUUGAGAAUUGUAGGAAUGUUUUCAAAUGUGUUUCAGGUGAGAUUUUUGGACCAGUUACCAUUUUUUACUUGUAUUUGAGCACGAAAGUAGUUUCUUGAUGUCAGGAUAAUCUUAACUCAAGGCCCAUUUACCAUUUUUUCCAGAGCUCCCACCGUCCCUCUCAGCUCACACUCUGUAGAAGCCGGUAAGUGGACCUUGAGUUAAGUUUUUUGUCACAGUAAGCAUAUUUAUUUCUAAUGAAAACAGUGGCUUAGUUCUCUAAAUUAAAUGCAAUCAUCGUCCAUGUCAAAGCCUCAAAAGUAAAAUAUGAUGAUCACAUGUAGAGCUGGGUGGAAGUGGAAGAUUUUAGAUACCAGCACUGAUACAAUACUUUUCCUAAAUAGUCUAAAACUGGCAAAGUAAUGAGCAUAAAGUGUAGAUAUUGAAAAAGUAGUUUGCAAAAAAAAACUUAUCUCAGAAGUCCACUUCCUGUUUUUUUGUUUGUUUGUUUGUUUGUUUUCCAGAGCUUUCUCCCCUCAUAUACAACCUAAGUGUGGCGCUUCAGUCAUGUAACAACAGCUGAGCAAACUCCAUUAGCUCAUAAAGACUGUACAGUGUGGUAGAAAGUUCUGGAAGGGCAGCCUUGACCUCAAGAUAAGAUGUUUUUGUCAAGCUGGCUAAAUGAUGAUUUAAAUUAGUAACUGAUGAAAAAUGAGUCAAGUAGAGUAUACAUUUCAUUACUCCUUCAAUACCAACUUUCAGUGCUUGGCACUUUUCAAUACUUGACACACAGACACAUCUGGUCAGUACCAAAAUGCCCAGUACCUUUAUUACAGUAGAGCAACAAACUGGCGCUAGCAGUUUCUCCUCACUGUAUGAGACAUUCAUAUACAGAUUUAAUUACCUGUUUGCAUCAGACAUAGGCUGUUUGCCAUGGCUGCCAAUGGUUGGCAUAGCAAUGCUGAAAUCAGAGACAGGUAUAAGGCUGUUUACAUGCCUGGAGCUCUGAGCAGCUCCCUGCCUCUCAGGGCUGUGUUAGGUCUCAGUGGUAUUCAGGGAAACUGGAAGGAAUGUGAGGAAAAGAGGGGCCUCUACCCUUCAGUGACAGCUCAGCAUCUGACAUGAAACCUUUUACCCCCUCUAAAAAGAGCUGGAAAAUGUGGUGGUGGUGUUGUAGAAAGCUGGUUCCGCUAUAAAUACUGAACAUACUGUGUUCGAGUAACAUCAGGUCCUUCAGAAAACUCCCUCUUGUAGUUCCCUCGAUAACCUGUGGUCUAGUUGUAACCAGCAGGGAGAUCUAGAUUCAGGUCCAGGCCAUAGGCAGUUUGAUCAUGCACGUUGUGUUUGUCGGCGUCCGGAGGAUCAGGGACUGACUGGUCUUGGUUUGCUGACCGGAUAUGAACUCCCUACUCUCCCAUCCAGCCAACCACGUCACUGCAGCUUGAAGAAUUUGUCUCUGAUCAGCCCCUGUACUCCGAUAAGGGAAUCUCAGCCAGGCUUUGGUUGCUCUCCUGGGUCUCAAGAAUUACUUGUCAGCAUUUCAGGUACAGUGCUGCCUUUGGCUUUGGCAAUGUGUCACAAAUAAAAUGCAACUGCAGAAGUGCAAUUUCAGCUCCUGAACAUAUAGAUGAGUCCAUGUUAUGUUGACAACAACAGCCUUCCAUUUGUGAAGCCUCAUCACUGAUUUCUGUGAUUAGUUCUGGAGCGGUCAGAGUGAAUCAGAUGUGAUGAGUUGUGAUCAUGUUGCCAUCACCUGGAGCUGAGUGGAGUGUGUCAUCAUCAGGUUACACAAAUAUUUUUAUCAUUGUGGAGAUAAAGUGGAAUGGUGCAGUUUUCUGUGCAGGAAUCUCACAUUAAGAGGGAGGGAAGGAAGUGGCAGUGUGUGUGUAUGUGUGUGUAGAGCGGGGCAGGGUGGUGUGUAACAUUCCCCAGCUGUCUGGACACAUGUUGGUAUCCCAGCAUCACGCCAGUCUCACUUGAGUAGAUGCAGAACAAGUGAUCAUUUGAAAUGAACACUCGUCUCUCACACAUGUACUGGAUAUUUAGCGCUUUGAUGACUGAUUUCCUUUUUUUUAAUCUUUCUUUCAAAAAGUCUUGAUAUUCUACUGAUUUUAAUGAAUUCAUUGAAUACUAUACUGUGUUGUCUAGUCCAUCAAAGUAUGAGGGGUCACUGGGGAGGGUGGGAAGUCUGAUGUGGGUGGGGUUUAACAGAUAUAGGGUGAGGCUUUUGCUUCUGAAUGUGAUUCUGAUGAAAUAAUGCUUGACUUUUUUUCUUUAGUUCUCUAUUUGUAUUUGGGUUUGUUUGUCAUUUGCACACUUGUUUACUGCUGUUCAAUGGCUUAAUAAAGGCACUCACUAGGUGUUUGUUAAUAAAAAGCAGUGGGCAGGAGUUUGCCUGUCCGUCACCUUC